AUGGCCAACUGGAAGGCCGACGUGUACGAGCAUGCCAAAGCAAUGGUCAAGAGCGAGACCGCGAAGAAGGUCAAGCCGACUGCCUCGCCUGCUUACCUCGACCCCAACUCGCUGAUUGCGAAGGGCAACACCAAGCUCAAGCCAAAGGACAUCGUCACUCGCAACUUGUUCAACCGCGAUGACCAAUACAUGCACAAUCUACUGGACUCGGCCGAUGUCUCAGCUGCCAAUACUCCGACCACGAGAACUUUCGAGAUAUGA